AUGAUCUAAGAUAAAAUAAAAAUCAGAGGUUGUUGGUACAUUAAUAGAAAUUGGACAAUACAAAAACAAAUUUUGGCAAUAUCUUUCAUUAUCUCAACUUUAAUUUUUCUGAUUCUUUUAGUGAUCAUUUGGACAAGUCAAAGCUAAAUUUAAGAAUUUCUAAAGGUUACCUCCCAAGAAAUGUUCAUGAGAUAGACUUCUCAAUAAAUCAAUAAUAUUUGGAUAUAAUAACGCGGCCUGGAAUAAAUGAUUCUUUAGACUAAAUAACAAGUAGUAACAACCAGAGCUAUUUACAAAUAACUGGAUUAUCUAAUUAAUAACUCCAAUAAGAGUGUUAAAUUUGAGUAUCCGCACAUGUGCUUAAAUAACAUUUCUGCUCUUGAUUCCUAUUGCUUUUCAUCUUCCACAACAUGUGGAAUAUUUGGAGAAUAGGAACCUGAAAAAGAGUAUGAAGAAACUCAAAGCUUAAUUGCAACAACUUUUAUUUUAACAUCUUUUCGUGUAGCUCUUGAUCAUACAUUUAGCGCACCACUCUAUUAUUUCUCAGAUAAUGACCUCUUAUUCUUCUGUAUAACAGCGGGAGGCUUGUUUCCUAAUUCCUUUAAACCAAAUGAAAGACCAUACUAUCUAGAAUUUUUUAAUUUUACUAGUCAAGAUACAGCUGUGGAUAGAGUGUAUUUUGCAAGUCCUUACAAGAUUAUUGCCGGUUAUAUAAGAAUUCCCAUGAUUACUUCCUUGGUCAAUGGCAAUGAUCGAAUUGUAGGCAUGGUAGCAAAAGAUAUUGAUUUUGGCUAUGCCUCAAUUGCGCAAAGCAAAAAUACUAAUACAGUUCUCUAUGUUAUCGAUAUUGAAGGCAAAAUCUAUUACUCCAUCAUCUAUAACUAGAUAAAUCUAACAGUUUACUACUUUAAUGAAACAUAAGUAACUGGAUUUAAUUAAACUGAUUUUGAAUAAUUGAUGAAUCAACAUAAUAAUAAGCCUUUUCAGAAUGAUUGUCCGCUCAUUUAAAGUGACAUCAUUUUGUGCAGAUUUAACUAAAAAACAAAAUAAAACUAAAUAAUAAAGUCUUCUUAAAUACAAGGAUCUAAUUUAAUUUUAGUAGUUUUGGUGGAGACAAACAAUAUCAUCGAAUAAUAUGAUAAUAACUUAUAAUUGAUAAAUCAAUCUUAAAUUUAAGUAUCUCAAUCGAUCCUUAUUUAUUUAGUGGUAUAUCCCAUAGGAAUCAUUUUUCUAAGUAAUAUUCUUAUAUACAUGUUAUUUCGAUAAUUUAAUUAACUCCUUAAUCUCAUUAACUAAAAGGUUUAUUCUAAUAGAAAGGACCUUGCUCUGGCUUAAUUUCAAUAGGAAAAUCAAUUUUUCAAAUCAUGUGCUGUUACAGAGUUAAUUGAAGCAUGCAUUCGAAAAUUCCAUAAUUUAGAAUCUUAUGGUAAGUCAACCACUUGCAUAAUUCAAGAAAACCUUAACUACCCGAAAUAUACUCAUACUUAAAUGAAAUUUUAAUAAAACCUUGUUCUGAUUAUGAAAAUUUCUAAUCUAAAACUUAUUAAUGAACAAGAAACAAAAAAUACUAUUUUCAACAACAUAAAUAAUUUUAGAGGUAAACAAAAAUUAUGA